CUUUCUUCUUCUUCUUCUUCCCGUCCGAACCCUCACCUCUCUCUCUAGAUCUCUAAGCUCUCGCUCCGGUCUUUACGGAGGGUUCCAGGCUUGUUCACAUCAGAUCUCGCACCGAUUGGAAUUGGAAUCUUCCAAUUCAUCUCCUUCUUCAUCUAUUGCAGAUCGUUGCUCUAAUCUCGCAGCUCUGAUCUCGCAACCAUGGCGGCUGCAAAUGCUCCGAUCGCCAUGCGAGAGGUCCUCACGUUGCCUAGUUUGGGGAUCAACCAGCAGUUUAUCACGUUUACACAUGUCACCAUGGAAUCUGAUAAGUACAUUUGCGUUCGGGAGACUUCACCUCAGAAUAGUGUUGUUAUAGUUGAUAUGAGUAUGCCAAAUCAGCCAUUGAGACGGCCAAUAACAGCAGAUUCAGCACUUAUGAAUCCAAAUUCCAAAAUUCUAGCCUUAAAAGCUCAAAUUCAAGGAACUACUCAAGAUCACUUGCAGAUAUUCAACAUUGAGAUGAAAGCCAAAGUAAAAUCACAUCAGAUGCCUGAACAGGUUGUAUUCUGGAAGUGGAUUUCACCAAAGAUGUUGGGUCUUGUUACACAAACUUCAGUAUAUCAUUGGUCAAUUGAAGGUGAUGCCGAGCCUGCAAAGAUGUUUGACAGGGCGGCAAAUUUAGUGAAUAAUCAAAUAAUCAAUUAUCGAUGUGAUCCCUCUGAGAAGUGGUUGGUUCUAAUUGGAAUUGCUCCUGGUUCACCUGAGAGACCUCAACUUGUCAAAGGAAGUAUGCAACUUUUCUCAGUGGAGCAGCAGAGGAGUCAAGCUCUCGAAGCCCAUGCUGCCUCUUUUGCAUCUUUCAGAGUUGCGGGGAAUGAUAAGGAUUCUAUUCUUAUUUCAUUUGCGACAAAGAGCAUUAAUGCUGGACAGAUAACUUCCAAAUUACAUGUCAUUGAGCUGGGUGCUCAACCAGGUAAGCCAUCUUUCACGAAGAAGCAGGCAGAUCUUUUCUUUCCUCCAGAUUUUGCCGAUGACUUUCCUGUGUCUAUGCAGAUAUCUCAGAAAUAUAGCUUGAUAUAUGUUAUCACCAAGUUAGGGCUACUGUUCGUGUAUGACCUUGAAACUGCCAGUGCAGUAUACAGAAAUAGGAUAAGUCCAGAUCCUAUUUUCCUAACUGCAGAAGCUUCAUCUGUAGGAGGUUUUUAUGCCAUCAACAGGCGAGGCCAGGUGUUACUUGCCACUAUAAAUGAAGCAACCCUUGUGCCAUUCGUCAGUGGACAAUUGAACAACCUGGAGCUUGCUGUUAAUCUUGCAAAGAGAGGAAACCUGCCCGGUGCCGAAAAUUUGGUUGUCCAGCGCUUUCAAGAAUUGUUUGCUCAGACCAAAUAUAAAGAGGCUGCUGAGCUUGCUGCAGAAUCUCCUCAAGGCAUUCUCAGGACACCCGACACUGUUGCCAAAUUUCAGAGUGUUCCGGUGCAAGCUGGGCAAACUCCACCAUUGUUGCAAUAUUUUGGGACACUCUUAACAAGAGGGAAGCUUAAUGCAUUUGAGUCGCUGGAGUUGUCUCGCCUCGUAGUUAAUCAGAACAAGAAAAAUCUAUUGGAAAAUUGGUUGGCCGAAGAUAAGCUUGAGUGCAGUGAAGAACUCGGAGACCUUGUGAAGACUGUGGACAAUGAUCUUGCCCUGAAAAUAUACAUUAAAGCCAGAGCAACGCCAAAGGUGGUUGCAGCGUUUGCUGAACGGAGGGAGUUUGACAAGAUUUUGAUUUACUCCAAACAGGUUGGAUAUACGCCUGAUUAUUUAUUUCUUCUGCAAACUAUCCUCCGGUCAGACCCUCAGGGAGCUGUUAAUUUUGCCUUGAUGAUGUCUCAAAUGGAGGGAGGUUGUCCAGUGGAUUACAAUACUAUAACAGAUCUAUUUCUUCAGAGGAACAUGAUACGUGAAGCAACUGCCUUUUUGUUAGAUGUUCUAAAGCCUAAUCUACCAGAACACGGUUACCUGCAGACCAAGGUGCUUGAAAUUAAUCUUGUCACAUUCCCCAAUGUGGCAGAUGCCAUUUUAGCAAAUGGAAUGUUUAGCCAUUAUGAUCGUCCACGCAUCGCUCAACUUUGUGAAAAAGCUGGUCUUUAUGUGAGGGCUCUUCAGCACUAUUCGGAAUUGCCAGAUAUUAAACGUGUGAUUGUCAAUACUCAUGCAAUUGAGCCACAGUCCCUUGUGGAGUUCUUUGGGACUUUAUCACGCGAGUGGGCACUUGAAUGCAUGAAGGACCUCCUUUUGGUGAAUCUAAGGGGAAACCUUCAGAUAAUUGUUCAGGUUGCCAAAGAAUAUUGUGAGCAGAUGGGUGUGGAUGCAUGCAUAAAGUUAUUUGAGCAAUUCAAAUCGUAUGAAGGAUUGUACUUCUUCCUCGGAUCAUAUUUGAGCUCCAGUGAGGAUCCCGAAAUUCACUUUAAGUACAUAGAGUCUGCUGCAAAAACUGGCCAAAUCAAAGAGGUUGAGCGUGUGACUAGAGAAUCAAACUUCUAUGACCCUGAGAAGACGAAAAACUUUUUAAUGGAAGCCAAACUUCCUGAUGCAAGGCCUCUUAUUAAUGUAUGCGAUCGGUUUGGUUUUGUUCCCGAUCUUACUCACUACCUAUAUUCAAACAACAUGUUGCGCUAUAUUGAAGGUUAUGUGCAAAAGGUGAACCCAGGAAAUGCCCCCUUAGUUGUAGGGCAGCUCUUGGAUGAUGAAUGUCCUGAAGAUUUUAUCAAAGGAUUAAUUCUAUCUGUCCGGUCUCUGCUUCCAGUUGAGCCGCUGGUGGACGAAUGUGAAAAAAGGAAUCGGCUCCGUUUGCUCACUCAGUUUUUGGAGCAUCUUGUGAGCGAGGGAAGCCAAGAUGUUCAUGUUCAUAAUGCUCUUGGUAAAAUCAUAAUUGACAGCAAUAACAAUCCAGAACAUUUUCUCACCACCAAUCCCUACUAUGAUUCACGAGUUGUGGGUAAAUAUUGUGAGAAACGUGAUCCUACACUUGCGGUUGUUGCCUACCGCAGAGGACAGUGCGAUGAGGAACUGAUAAACGUGACAAAUAAGAAUUCUUUAUUCAAGUUGCAAGCUAGGUAUGUAGUUGAAAGAAUGGAUUCUGACCUCUGGGAUAGUGUUCUUAACCCUGAGAAUGAGUUUAGAAGGCAGCUCAUUGAUCAAGUUGUUUCCACUGCUUUGCCUGAGAGUAAGAGCCCAGAACAAGUAUCUGCUGCUGUCAAGGCUUUCAUGACAGCCGAUCUUCCUCAUGAAUUGAUUGAGCUUCUUGAAAAGAUUGUUCUCCAGAACUCUGCAUUUAGUGGAAACUUUAAUCUGCAGAACUUGCUUAUCUUGACAGCCAUCAAGGCAGAUCCAUCUAGAGUCAUGGAUUAUAUUAAUAGACUAGAUAAUUUUGAUGGACCAGCUGUAGGGGAAGUUGCAGUUGAAGCGCAACUCUAUGAGGAGGCAUAUGCUAUAUUCAAGAAGUUCAACUUAAAUGUUCAAGCAGUGAAUGUCCUGUUAGAUAAUAUCAAGAGCAUUACCCGUGCUGUUGAAUUUGCAUUCCGAGUUGAAGAAGAUGCUGUUUGGAGUCAAGUGGCUAAGGCUCAACUCAGAGAGGGAUUAGUGAGUGAAGCAAUUGAGUCAUUUAUUCGUGCAGAUGAUGUAACACAGUUCUUAGAUGUGAUUCGUGCAGCUGAGGAUGGUAAUGUUUACCAUGACUUAGUAAGUUACCUCCUCAUGGUUAGGCAGAAGACCAAGGAGCCGAAGGUCGACAGCGAACUCAUUUAUGCUUAUGCAAAGAUAGAUAGGUUGGGUGAGAUUGAAGAAUUUAUUCUCAUGCCAAACGUUGCCAACCUUCCAAGUGUGGGUGAUCGCCUGUAUGACGAAGCUUUGUAUGAAGCAGCAAAGAUUAUAUUUACCUUCACUUCGAACUGGGCCAAAUUGGCAAUCACCCUUGUAAAGCUUAAACAAUUUCAAGGAGCUGUUGAUGCUGCACGAAAGGCGAACAGCUCAAAAACAUGGAAAGAAGUUUGCUUUGCUUGUGUUGAUGCUGAGGAGUUCCGCUUAGCUCAAAUAUGUGGUCUUAACAUAAUUGUACAGGUGGAUGACCUAGAAGAAGUCAGUGAAUAUUACCAGAACAGAGGAUGCUUCAAUGAGUUAAUAUCUCUUAUGGAGAGCGGCUUGGGCUUGGAACGUGCUCAUAUGGGAAUCUUUACAGAGUUGGGUGUUCUGUAUGCUAGAUAUCGUCAUGAGAAACUUAUGGAACAUAUUAAACUAUUCUCAACCCGUUUGAAUAUUCCCAAGCUUAUACGAGCCUGCGAUGAACAGCAGCACUGGAAGGAACUGACUUACUUGUAUAUCCAGUAUGAUGAGUUUGAUAAUGCUGCAACAACUAUUAUGAAUCAUUCUCCAGAAGCUUGGGACCAUAUGCAGUUCAAAGAUGUUGUUGUCAAGGUUGCUAAUGUGGAGCUCUAUUACAAAGCCGUGCACUUUUACCUACAGGAGCACCCUGAUCUUAUCAACGAUGUUCUCAAUGUGCUUGCACUUCGUGUUGACCACACCCGUGUGGUUGACAUUAUGCGGAAGGCGGGUCAUCUGCUGCUUGUGAAACCAUAUAUGGUUGCAGUUCAAAGUAACAAUGUGUCUGCAGUCAACGAAGCUUUGAAUGAUAUCUACGCCGAGGAGGAAGAUUAUGAUAGACUACGUGAAUCCAUUGAUUUGCAUGAUAACUUUGACCAAAUUGGCCUUGCUCAAAGAAUUGAGAAGCAUGAACUUCUUGAAAUGAGAAGAGUUGCAGCUUAUAUUUACAAGAAGGCAGGUAGAUGGAAGCAGUCCAUUGCAUUGUCAAAGAAAGACAAUCUUUACAAAGAUGCCAUGGAGACAGCCUCACAAUCUGGAGAUCGCGAGCUGGCGGAAGAAUUGCUUGUUUAUUUCAUCGAACAGAAAAAGAAGGAAUGCUUUGCGUCUUGCCUGUUUGUGUGCUAUGAUCUUAUCCGUGCAGAUGUAGCUCUUGAGCUUGCUUGGAUAAACAAUAUGAUUGACUUUGCACUACCAUAUCUAUUACAGUUUAUUCGGGAAUAUACAGGUAAGGUUGAUGAACUGAUAAAGUAUAAGCUAGAAGUUCAGAGUGAAGUGAAGGCAAAAGAAAAGGAAGAAAAGGAUGUGAUUGCACAACAGAAUAUGUACGCACAGUUGCUUCCACUUGCUUUGCCAGCACCGCCAAUGCCGGGGAUGGGAGGAGGAGGGUACGGCCCACCUCCUCCGAUGGGGCAUAUGGGUAUGCCUCCAAUGCCACCUUUCGGUAUGCCUCACAUGAGCUCAUACUGAUUGUAGACGACGAAGCUUAAGUUCGAUUUUUGCCAAUCGAUUGUUGCUGUUUGGUUUUGCUUUUAUUAUCCGCUGUUGUUCUUUCUUUUGGUGGGAGACGAUUUCAUGAAAAAGAUGAUCGAGUAUGAGUUUGUGGAAUAACAUUUUGGUUUCGUUUGUAUUGGAGGGGGGAGGAGGAGGAAGAGGGAAAUGGGGAUUGAUGGGGGUGGUGGUUAUGUUGUUUUUCUUUAUUAACAUUCUUUCUUUUUCUUUUUGUUUGUCCCGAAGUUGAAUAUGGAAUCAUCAUUUUGUUGUCUCUCUCUUUCUGGUGGUGUUAUUUGAAGAGACUACAUUAGGAAAACGAAACGAUGACUAUCUAUAUUUGUAUUUGUUUCUAUUAGCAGUACCUAGUUUAUCAAAGGACCACGAGCACUAUACACAUUCAUUUUUCUUUCAGGUU